AUGUCCGCCAAAUCGUUUGAAGUCUCGGACCCAGUUAAAUCAAGUCUCAAAGGGUUUGCCCUUGCUAACCCCUCCAUAACUCUGGUUCCUGAAGAAAAAAUCCUCUUCAGGAAGACUAAAUCAGAUAAUAUUGCCUUGAUCUCCGGUGGUGGUAGUGGCCAUGAGCCUACACAUGCCGGCUUCAUUGGUGAGGGUAUGUUGAGUGGGGCCGUUGUUGGUGAAAUCUUCGCAUCCCCUUCUACCAAACAGAUCUUAAACGCGAUUCGCUUGGUCAAUGAGAAUGCCUCCGGUGUAUUAUUGAUUGUCAAGAACUAUACUGGUGAUGUUUUGCAUUUUGGCCUAUCUGCUGAAAGAGCAAGAGCCUUAGGUAUCGAUUGCCGUGUCGCUGUCAUCGGUGAUGAUGUUGCGGUUGGUAGAGAAAAGGGUGGUAUGGUCGGUAGAAGAGCACUAGCAGGUACCGUUUUGGUUCACAAGAUUGUUGGUGCCUUUGCUGAGGGAUACUCUAGUAAAUAUGGCUUGGACGGUACUGCCAAGGUGGCUAAAAUUAUCAAUGAUAAUUUGGUGACCAUCGGCUCCUCCCUAGAUCACUGUAAGGUUCCUGGCAGAAAAUUUGAAAGCGAAUUAAAUGAAAAGCAAAUGGAACUGGGUAUGGGUAUUCAUAAUGAGCCCGGCGUGAAAGUUCUGGACCCUAUUCCUUCCACUGAAGACCUGAUUUCCAAAUAUAUGCUACCAAAGUUGUUGGAUCCAACCGAUAAAGAUAGGGCUUUUGUGGAGUUCGACAAUGAUGAUGAAGUUGUCCUGUUAGUGAACAAUUUAGGUGGUGUUUCUAACUUCAUCAUCAGUUCUAUCACCUCCAAGACUACAGAUUUCUUGAAUAAGACAUACAACAUAACCCCCGUUCAAACAAUCGCUGGUACUUUAAUGACCUCCUUCAAUGGUAAUGGGUUUAGUAUUACAUUAUUGAAUGCCACUAAGGCCACGAAGGCAUUACAAUCCGAUUUCCCAGAGGUCAAAUCUGUAUUGGAUUUGCUGAACGCGUUUACAGACGCACCAGGCUGGCCGAUCGCAGAUUUCGAAAAGAGACCUGCACCAACUGUUGAUCAUGAUUUGUUACAUAAUCAAGUUAUAGCAAAGGCUGUCGGCACCUAUGAUUUUGACGCGUUUGCCAGUUGGAUGAAAAGCGGUGCUGAACAAGUCAUCAAGAGCGAACCACAUAUUACGGAAUUGGACAAUCAAGUUGGUGAUGGUGACUGUGGCUACACAUUAGUGGCCGGUGUUAAGGGUAUCACUGAAAACCUGGACAAGCUGUCGAAGGACUCGUUGUCUCAAGCGGUUGCCCAAAUCUCAGAUUUUAUCGAAGGCUCAAUGGGUGGUACCUCCGGAGGUCUAUAUUCUAUUCUGUUAUCUGGUUUCUCGCACGGACUAAUCCAGGUGUGCAAAUCAAAGGAUGAACCCGUUACUAGCGAGAUUGUGGCUAAAUCACUUGGCAUUGCCUUGGAUACUUUAUACAAAUAUACAAAGGCAAGAAAGGGCUCAUCCACCAUGGUUGACGCUUUAGAACCUUUUGUCAAGGAAUUUACAGCAUCUAAGGACUUCAAUAAGGCCGUGCAAGCUGCGGAAGAGGGUGCUAAAUCUACUGCAACAUUCGAAGCGAAGUUCGGUAGAGCUUCCUACGUCGGCGACUCAUCUAAGGUGGAAGAUCCUGGCGCAGUAGGCUUAUGUGAAUUCUUGAAGGGGGUUCAAAGCGCUUUAUAA